AGAUGCCUCGUGGGAAGGUAACUGUUCGUUAAGAAAUGCCCCAACCCUGUUCUGCGUCUGGAGAUGCGCACGGCGUGCGUUUUCUUCCAAGGAGGCUGAUGGUGCAUGCACUCUGAUCUCUUUACUGCUUAUCAAAUUAAUGCCUGUGAGCUUAUAACUGACUGAUUGAUAAACGACCCCUCAAGCUUUUAAGUCAUACAUUUCAGAAUCCGAAGGAGCUCCUGAAAUAAAUACAACUAGCGCUGAAAUUUACCGCACACACCGCCGGUAGGUUUGCAGACAAAGGAGUAACAGGAACGAGCUCUCGCUAUAUUUUCAGGCGGGCUGCAAGGAAAGUCAAGAUUGCCUUUCUCACCACCUCCCGCCAUGCUUUCUUAAAGGCUCCUCGUCGGAUAAUAAUGGUUGGACGGAUCCUGCCUUUUGCUGCUGCUGCUGCUGCUGCUGCGACGUCACCGGCCAACAUCUGUCUUGGAAUAGGAAUGAUGGCUUCCGUGAUGGGCGGGAUUUGAAAGCUGGUCUUUUUUUUUUUUAAGCCACUAUUUCAUGUGCCUACCAAAGCAUUGCAAAAGCGGAGGCUUCUGUACCAAGCCAAAUGCAGCAGCAGCAGCAUCAAGAACCACCAGCAGCUAUGACAUCUCCAUCUCUAUGAAACGUGCCUUCUCUGCAGACCAUGGGAGGGAUCAUGUGCGGUGCUGCAAAAGGAGACUUGAUUUAUUCUAUUUCCAUCAUCUUGCUUUGGCUGAGGCAGUUGCCGGCUGAGGAGUCAGGCUGGGCAGGGACAUGGAAUGCAGUCCACUCCCAGGUGCACCAUGAAAUCAUAAUACCUCGGUGGCGAUCAGAUGGAAGCUCUGGCAAUGAUAAGCACCCACCCAGAGCAGAAGUAGAAAUAACAGCUGAAGGAAGAAACUUCAUCUUGGAUGUUGAGAAGAAUGAGCACCUCUUUGCACCAGGCUAUACGGAAACGCAUUAUACUAAGAGCGGAACUCCCUACACUGUGACUUUGAACAACACAGAUCAUUGCUUUUACCAUGGUACAGUGAGAGCGGUAGAAGACUCAAGUGUGGCACUCAGCAUAUGCAAUGGUCUACGUGGCCUUAUAGUAUUGAGCAACAACCUCAGUUAUAUCUUGGAACCACUGCCUCAUAGCCAAGAGCAACACUUGAUCUACAGGUCUGAACAUCUCAACGUUGCCAGGGGUACCUGUGGAAACCAGCAUUCAGGAUCAAAGGCUAUGGAUUGGCUUGGAGAAUUGACAAGCCCAGCCGGGUCCAGUUAUCGCAGGGUGAAGAGGGAUGACCAACAGUCUAUGAAAUACGUGGAGCUCCUUCUAGUGGCUGAUUAUGCAGAGUUUCAGAAGCAUAAUUAUGAUCUUCAAGCAACCAAAAAUAAGUUACUGGAGGCUGCCAAUUAUGUAGAUAAGUUUUACAAAUCUCUGAACAUACGAGUUGCUCUGGUUGGGCUUGAGGUUUGGAAUGACCACAAUAAGUGUGACAUCUCGGAGAACCCACAUUCGACCCUGUGGUCUUUUCUUGCUUGGAGGCGUAAGCUGCUUAUGUACAAAAAGCACGACAAUGCCCAGCUAAUCACUGGGAUGUCCUUCCACGGUACUACAAUUGGCUUAGCCCCCUUGAUGGCCAUGUGUUCUGUCUACCAGUCUGGAGGAGUGAAUAUGGAUCACUCUGAAAAUGCCAUUGGAGUUGCUGCCACCAUGGCCCAUGAGAUGGGCCAUAACUUUGGCAUGAGCCACGAUGCGGCUGGCUGCUGUACGGCCAGCGCUAGAGAUGGAGGUUGCAUCAUGGCUGCUGCGACAGGGGACCCAUUCCCCAGGGUGUUCAACAGAUGCAAUAUGAAGGAGCUGGACAGGUACCUGCAGUCUGGUGGAGGGAUGUGUCUUUACAAUAUGCCAGAUACCAAGACCUUAUACGGAGGACAGAGAUGUGGAAAUGGCUACCUGGAGGAAGGGGAAGAGUGUGAUUGUGGAGAAGAAGAGGAAUGUAAUAAUCCUUGUUGCAAUGCCUCUAAUUGCUCUCUGAAGCCUGGUGCUGAGUGUGCCCAUGGAACUUGCUGUCACCUCUGCAAGUUGAUUUCACCGGGGACUCUUUGCCGGGAACAAGCCAGACCUUGUGACCUGCCAGAAUACUGUACAGGCAAAUCCCCAUUCUGCCCUGCAAACUUCUACCAACUGGAUGGCACUCCUUGUGCGAGUGGCAGGGCGUAUUGCUACAGCGGAAUGUGCCUCACGUACGAACAGCAGUGCUUGCAGCUCUGGGGAUAUGGAGCAAGGCCAGCACCUGACAUCUGCUUUGAGAGGGUUAAUGCUGCUGGCGAUUCCUAUGGGAACUGUGGGAAGGAUAUCAAUGGCCGAUACAGGAAGUGCAACUUAAGAGAUGCUAAGUGUGGCAAGAUACAGUGCCAAAGUUCUGCUUCCAAGCCUUUGGAGUCCAAUGCCGUUGCAAUUGACACGACUAUCACGUUAGACGGAAGGAACAUAUUCUGUCGUGGGACUCAUGUAUACCGAAAUGAAGACGAAGGUGACAUGUUAGACCCGGGCCUUGUGAUGGCAGGAACGAAGUGUGGGGACAGUCAUAUUUGCUUUGAAGGGCGCUGUAGAAACACCUCCUUCUUUGACACUGGAGACUGUGGGAAGAAGUGCAAUGGCCAUGGAAUUUGCAACAACAACCAGAACUGCCAUUGUUUCAGUGGAUGGGCACCUCCAUUUUGCAAUAAACCUGGGAAUGGAGGAAGCCUGGACAGUGGGCCUAUGCCUCAAAAAAGUCCUUUCCCAAUCAUAAUAGGAGUCCUUUCCAUCUUGCUUUUGAUUGCAAUUGGAGUUGCUUUUUGCUGCUAUAAAUGGAGAGCCAGGCUUGUGCCACUAAAGCAGGCUUUCAUUCCUCCAAAGAAAAUGCAGCAGUUCAGCAGUACCGCUCCUCCCAUUCAGAGUGGUGUGACUGGGCAUGCUAACCCAGCCUUCAAGCUGAAAACCCCCCAGGAACAGAGAAAGGCUAUUGGCAUACUGAAUAUCCCUGCAAAGCCUGAAGUGCUCUACUGUGAACCACCUCCAGAGCUCAAAAUUCAUGCACAACCACCACCACCACCACCACCACCUGCUCUUCCAGCUAACACAAAGAAACCUCCCUUUCUGGGGUACCAGAGUGAGGCAAAUAAUUUCCCCAAGCGAACUCCUCCAAGCAGGCCAGCGCCACCAGCACCAAAAGUCAUUGUUUCUCAAGAUUCUUCCAGACCACGACCACCUCAGAAAGCUCUUCCUGCUAAUCCAGUUCCUGCCAGCAACAGAGCUGGGUUGCCCAGGAUGAACGCAGGAGUACCACCCCCCUACAGUGCUGUAAGGAAUACGAGAGUACGUCAGGAGAAUUCAGUCUUGAAGAAUGCUGAAGCUGUGAAUACCCUGAAGUUUAGACAUUGAAGGUCAUCUUGCAACUCUGAACUCCACACCGGUUCUUCCUUCUUUGACCUGGGAUUUCCCACAGGCUUUGUUUCCAGGAAGAAGACAUGCUGGGCAUGUGCAAAUCUCAACUUCCUCCCCAUCCCACAGCCUUGUAUGACUAGCCGAGACCAAUUUCAGGUCCGGUUCUAGCAACCUUGGCACAGGUCGAUGACACACCCUUGGACAUCAGUGGGGAUUCUAUCCAUGCACACCAAGGUUAAUGUGACCUGCUUUGCCUUUUGGAUAUUUGUUCAUUACAGGAGUUACUUGUUUAAAAUAGCACUGGUGUGUUAUAGUGCAAUAUGCAAUGUGCUGGAACGGAAGUGGGAGAAGCCUCUAUUUCUCCCAGCAAUUCAUUAUUGCCUCAACAGAAGACAAAUGUAUUUUAGUCAACACUGAGCCACCGCAUCCUUCUCAGCUUUUCCAGCUUUGUUACAACCACAGACAAUCCUAUGGGGAAGAGAGUGUUGUGGUGCCCCUGUGAUGACCUCAUCUCCUCCAAAGUACUGUAUGGAGACGUAGUCUGAUCUUGUGGAAUUUUGCUACAUACUGACUAUAUUUAUUCCCUCUUUUAAGGAAUCUCCCAGGGUUCAGUGCUUUACCUUUGCCCUCUUACACCAUCACCUUAUUAGCCCAAAGCUUUUCUGGUCAUUACAUUCAAGGUUUGAAAGUGUUGGUGGCAUAACUAUGGUGAGUCCUUCCUCUGCUCUCAACCGCCAUCAACCUUUAAAGUCUACUCCAUCCUGUUUGCAUGUGGCAUCUUAAUUAUAGGUUCUGCCUAGCCGCACAGAAUGCAAGGCCGGUUUUGUGUGGCAGCACACUGUUCCCAUGACAACCUAAAAGAAAUGUACUCUACCAAUCAACCAAAUAUUAGCAAGGCAUUUUAAGGGUUUCCUACAAUUAAUUGCAGUUAGUUAUCUGUUUUUGCAUGCUACAUCUUGUUCAUAUAAUCAAGUACACUCAGCUUAGUUUUUGUCUAUUUCUGUUUCAUUUGGAUUGGGCUUGCUCACUCAGGAAAUUGGUGCCACUAAUUUACCUGAGGAUACUUAUCCUCUCCUGAUGUGAGAGUUGGUUGAGAGUUUACACUCAACACUAUCAAGCUAAGGCUUUGAAGCCUAUAGCUGGUGGGAAGGGUUGAAUACCAUAGCUCUAAAUUAAUACAAGCCAGCCUUCCCCAACCUGGUGCCCCCGAUGUUUCGGACUACCAACUCCUAUCAACCCCUAACUAGGGUUGUUUGGGAAUUAAGGUCCAAAACAUCCUGCGUGCACCAGGCUUGAGAAGGCUGAUCGAAACCAACAUUGAGUAAUUUGGAAAUAACCCUUGGUUAAAUCUUGGUGUAAUUGGAAUUCCCUUUGCAUCUUUCCAAUUUGGGGCUAGUGUAAAAUGGAUUACCAAUGUCAAAUUUACAAUGUGAUCAAGCCCUCGGACAAGGUACUACAGGUGCUAUAAUCCUAAGACUCUUUUCCUAUUACUACAGUGGUUUGCUGCAUCUCACUUGAUUCAACAAAAAAUCAUAGGCUGUGUGCCUUCUUUCUAGCCUCUAUAUUCCAGUUCACCUGUAGGCACCUAAUUGGGUGUCUUAACACAGUUCAGCUGGCUAAAUAGAAAAAUUAACUCAUGGUGCUUUUACCAUUGGGUAGCUGAUUAAACCCCAGCUAUUUUAAUACUGUAACAGGAUACCAUAGUGCAUAAAUAACCUCAACUUCCAAAUAUGCAGCUGCAACAUUGUUCCCAGUCUGAAGCUUUAUGAAUGUUUUCUCAGGUUUUAGGUGUUUUUGGUGCUUUUGUUGAACCGGUGAUAUUUUUUCAGUUGGCUUUGCAAAUAUGCUGGUGCUAAAAAUAAGGAACUGUUUUGUCUAUUACCAUGAAUUGUUAGGAAACUUGAAUCAAAACUGCCAUAGCCAGUCUUAGAAAUGGGUCUAGGUGCUGUUUAUGCAGACUUUCUGGGUUUUUUUUUGGCAGCAGUACAAACUGGUGUUUUCGGUUUUGUUUCUUUAAAAAAAGGCCCUUUAGGCUUGGUUGUUGUCUUUCUAGAUGAGCCAAAACAAUUGUAGCCCCAUGGCCCAAAAAGCUAUUUCAACAGUCCAAAACUCAGCUUGAGUAUGCAAAACAAGGUUUCCUAGAAAUUUUCCCAAGUUGUGCACAGUGCAAUAAUCAAGUGGUAUCUUAACUAUGCAUGUACCUACAUUGCUCUCAUGUUACAGAAUAAGUGGUUUAUGCUGUCUGCUGCAUUAUCAAUAACAAUGCACAAGUGGUUUUGAGCACUGCAUUCUUCCCCAAAUCCUCAGGUUGUGCUCAUUACGUUCUUCCAGUUCUAGCACAGAACUGGUGCCACAAAGAACGGUCACUGGAAAUACAAUUAACGCUCCAAAACAUUUUUGGUCUAGUUUCAAAUAUCCGAAAUGAAUGGUUGUACACAUACUAGUGUGCUUUAAGCACAUGCCGGCAGCCAUUUCAAGACAGAAGGUGUGCGUCUCAGAAAACAUAACAGCAUCCAUCCUGGUCUCUGUCUUUUCAGGUUAAGUCUCAGGCACUCUUAGCAUAGUGGGAUCAGUAAUCUUCCGUUCAGAACUGUCACAGGUGAAGACAAAACAGAUUUGUUCUGCUAACUUAGUACCUCCCUGAAGUCAUUGGCUUUGCUAGGUCUUGGCUUAUGCCAUCUCAGAAUACUCGGAAGAACAACUCGCUACAAUUUCAAGGGGAAAAAAUUAUUCAGAGCUGGAGGUUAUCUUCCUCAAGGCAUUGCCAAAUGCCAAUCCGAGCUUACUUUUAAAAGCUCCACAGCAAAGAGAUCAGCACUCUGCUUUCCCUUCCCUAAUGCUGCCGAAAUGUGGCUGUAGGCCCUCUGUCCUCACCUGCUGUAGUGUGAAGGUAAAGUUUCCUUGGGUGCUACGAGAGAUGGCAGGGUAGAGAGGUGGUGAUAUGCAGAUGCUGCCCCCUGGAGAUAGCCCAGUUUUGCUGAACUUCUUCCUUACAAGAAGUUUUUAAAUAGACAGGUUUGGGAACUGGCACCCCUGCUUCAAACAAGGUUGAUGAGUGCAUCGGAAAUCGUUUUGUACUUUCGCGUGUAUGUUGAAAGGAUAGAUUGGGAGAAGAACAUUGUGGUUGCAGUCCUAUGCUCACUUACCAAGGAGUAAGGCCUUGUGAAUUCAGUGGGACCUACUUCCAAGUAAACACACACAGGGCUGCACUCAGUGUUUAUUAAUUAUUAUUAUUAAUUAUUAUUAUUAUGGUAGAGCCUCUGCAUCAUGCGCCACCAUUUUAUGUCUCGCAGGUUUACAAUAUGAUCUCUGUGUAUCUAUGCAAAUACUUGAAUAAUGCAGUUUGUUGUGCCUUUUGCCUAGUUAUAUUUAAUAAAUUUUGUGGCCAAUA